AUGAAGUUUAUAACAACCAAUUUCGUGAAAUGCGCAGUUAAAUCAUGCCAAUCGUCGCUAGACUCAUUCCCUUUGCAGUAUGAAGAGUGUCAGCUAGUGCAAGAAGAACAGGAGUUUAAGCCGGAGUUCGUGGUGCACAUGUUGGGUAAACUAGAAUGGGAUGCCGUGUUAUCGGUUGCUAAGGAUUUGGGCAAUGAGUCGCUUCCGCCUACAAAGCCCGAAGGGUUGGAUCCUAUCAUGGAAGAUGACUUGGCUGUCUUGAAAGAGCUACAUACCUUGUUGAUUGAGACCCAGCUUGUUGAAGGCAAAAUGACGUGCAGGAACUGCAAACACGUAUAUUUCAUCAAGAACUCGAUACCGAAUUUCUUGUUGCCUCCACAUCUUGCUAACUAG